GCAUUGAAAGGUAAUUUUGGGGAUUUCUGAGUCACAGCUGUACUAAUCUUAGUUUCAGUAAACAUGGUAAAGAAGUACUUCGUGUCUGGUUUUAUGGCGGAAGAUAUAAAGGGAAUAUCAAGUAUACUCGACGAAAAUUGUUUUUCUGCGAAUACUUGGCUUCCCUGGGUUAACGGAACGGUUAACCUUAAUCGUCUACUGGAAACAGAAAGUAAUUUGUACAUCCGAUCGGAACGAUUUUUAACUGAAAAUGAAAAGUGUUAUGGCGUAACCAUCAAAGGUUUUAGUGCAGUUCAACAUAAGUUACUUCCUAUUCACAAAAUCGAUCAUACAUUCUGCGAAAAUUUUUUAUUUGAAUCAAGUUAUGAUGACAUAAUCCUUAUUUCAUCUGACAUUUCACAUGAAACGGGCUGUUCUCGUGAAUCAAGUGUUUUUAUAUACAAAGUUUCGGAAAAUUAUUCUUUAACAAAGAGCUUUGUGGUGCCCGAACUGGUGAAGCAGAUUAGCGUUGGGCAUGCACACGCAAUAGCUUUGGCAGAUAACGGUAAAAGCCUGUUCACAUGGGGUUGCAACACAAGAGGAGAGCUUGGGACUUCAUCAAACAAAGUGAACUCUGAGAAGUUUGAGUUGGUUGAGCAACUGAAUGGAAUGAAUUGGGCAAUGGUGGCAGCAGGUGGUUGGCACAGCGCUUGUUUGUCUCCAACUGGAGAUGUCUAUCUUUGGGGUUGGAAUGCUGAUGGGCAAAUUGGGGCUGAUCCCAUGACGGAAGGGUCAGUUAUUUCCUCGCCUCGGCUGCUGGAUAUCAGCAUGCGUCCAGCGGAAGUAAAAUCGGAAAAUUUCGUUGAUUUCCAGAAAGUGGCCUUGGGGUCCAGGCAUUCAGUGCUGUUAGAUGUAGAUGGAAAUGUGUGGACCUUUGGUUGGAAUGCAUAUGGCCAAUGCCAACCUGGACCUCCUAAUGACGAAAAUAACAUGCGUAAUUAUUACGAAGAGAGCAGUGCAAAUUGGCAGCCAAAAAUAAUGGAUUUUGGAACUAGCACACCUGUUGUUGUUGUAUCAAUAGCUGCAGCUCCUUGGACAACAAUAUCGGCCUACUACUCUGACAAAUGACAGCAGCCCAAGGGCUGGUGGCCAUGAUGACCACUCGGACGAUGAGUUUGAAGAGGGGGGCAGGAGGGACCAGGAUGAGUAUGACAAGUAUGGAGCAGGGAAGCACAAACAGGACAGGAAGAAAAGCA